AAUUCAGAGAACGUUUUUGCUGAGGCUGACAUAGGUGCCGGAGCUCACCAAGAAUUGAGAGGGAGACAAGAGUGUUUCACAUUUGCCGGAGUCAAAACGGAAUAUGAUGCAGGACCGUAUAACUAGCCGGAAUAACAUCUCUGUUUGACUCGGUCAAUUAAUUUUUUAAGUAUAUGUUUGGACUUUGGAGGCAACUCUCAUUUGCCUUCUCUUAGCCCAUAGAGGAAGAAGAAUUUCCCUGUCUACCUGAACCUCCGAUAGUGGAUGAUAGCUAGCUCUGAAACUUCGUAAUCAUAAGCCCUGAUCAUGGCCUCCUCGAGACGUUUACUGUCUUCUAUUAGAAGUGUUUCUUCGUCUUCUUCUAAUUCUUAUCUUUCUGACCUUCUUUCUUCGUACACUCCAACGCAUUUUCUCUCUAUUACCCAUUUCACUAAGCCUUAUACUUCGACUGUUUCCAUUGAUGAAUUUCCUGAAACUGGAGUUAGAAAAGCUGUUCCUGGUACUCAUCCAUGGCCAGAAUGGUCUAAUUUCAUUGAGAAGUUGAAGAAUAAUGGCUACUUCUUCAAUGAAGAUCCUUUAACUGGUUUGGCUGACUUGAGUCAGCUCAGGUAUGCUUGUCUCAGUUUUGCAAGAGAUCGGUUGGAUGCUAUCAAAUCAUUAUCUAGAGAAGAUACUGAAAUUGUUGUUAAGUACGGAUGCCCUAGUUUGGAUCGAAAAGUUGUUAAUGCUGCAAAAAGAUUGAGGGCAUUUGUGGGACUUGAUGAAGAGGAUGUGUGCAGUGGUUGUAAUCUGCGUGGCUCGUGUGAUAGAGCAAAUAUGAAACAAGAGGACUCUGAGGCAUCUGCUCACACUGCUGAUGUUAUGCGUAUGUUGUUGAUGUAUGCCCUUGAUCCACUUGUUCAUUCGUCAGAGAAACCUAACGGCCGGGAGUAUGUUGAAGCAUCUGCUCGUAGACUGCUGUCUGAGCUGAGUGAAGCACCACCAGAUCCUUCCUUAACAAAUUCGGAUGUUAGACCUAAAAGAAAAUCGGUGAACUUGAACAAGUCUCAGUAUUAUCAAAAUAUUGAGAUGAAGAAAGGGGAUUGGAUGUGUUCCAAAUGCAAUUUCAUGAACUUUGCCAGAAACAUAUUGUGUCUUAAGUGCAAAGAAGAUGGUCCUAAGCUAGUUAGUCAUAAUAGCGCUGAGAUGAAGAAAGGAGACUGGACAUGUCCAAAGUGUGAAUUUAUGAACUUCGCUCGAAAAAAAAUCUGCUUUCGCUGCCAAGGCCUACGAUCCAAAAGAGAGCUUCAACCAGGAGAGUGGGAGUGUCCCUCAUGUGAUUUCGUGAACUUAUGAAAUAACACAACAUGUUUGAAGUGCAGCUAUGAUCAUCCCAAAGACAUUAAAAGGGAAGUAAGCUGAUUAAAUAUGCUACAAUAAUGAAUUUAUGAUUUAUCUCCCUAGGUAAAAACAAUGCAUUAAGAAAUUGUUCCUUUUGUUGAAAUGCCUUGAGUGAGUAAAUCAGUUUCCUUUUCUGUUUGUUUUUUUCCUUUUGUAAUCUAAAACUAGCCGUCAUUUAAUUUUGCCGU